CGUGGUUACACCCAACUCUCCUUCUCCAAUGCACAUUUUCUUUGCUCCUUCCACACCGCAGCUCACAGUACCUAGCUUGCCUUCAUUUCCUGUCUCUGCUUCUUCUCCCCAUUGCAAUGCUCUCCGGGUAGCCAGCUCGUCGUGAUCCGGAUGGGCCGGCGCCCGUGGCGCCGGUGACUGCGACGGAGGCAUGGAGGUUAAUAACUAAGAAGCGGAUCAGAUCUGGAGUAAGAGGUUUUUUUUCCGGUGCUGAAGCAAAGAACUACAGCAAGAUAUGGCAACUGCAAUAGCGGUGGGUGUUUCUACCGGUGCCAUGAAACCUGUUCUUGAAAAGCUGGCCACUCUUAUGGGAGGCGAGUUCUCCAAGAUGAAAAACGUGCGGAAGGGUGUACAAUUUCUCAGUGAUGAGCUUACAAGCAUGAAAGAUCUUCUUGAGAAGCUUGCACUUGUGGACGAGCUAGAUCCACAAACCAAGAGGUGGAGAGACAAUGUAAGCGAGAUGUCUUUUGACAUUGAGAACAUUAUUGAUGACUUCGGGCAAAAAUUUGUGGAGAAAAAUGAAAAGGAAGGGCUUGCCAAGAAGACUGUUCGGUUUCUCAAAACUUUGAGAGCCCGUUACCAGAUUGCUGGCCAGAUUGAAAGGAUCAGGAAACUAGUGCUUGAAACUACUGCCAGACGCAACAGGUAUAUGUUCAAUACUCCACCACCAAAGGAUGUGACCAUUGACCCACGAGUGGCCAUACUCCAAAAAGAUGCAGCUAACCUUGUUGGUUUGAAAGUGCAAACCGAUGAGCUCGUCGAUUGGCUAAAUGACGAGGAGACACAUUUGAAGGUGGUAUCCAUUGUGGGAUUUGGAGGCCUGGGCAAAACAACACUCGCCAACGAGAUAUACCGUCAACCCGAUGGAGGAUUUGAAUGUUGUGCACUUGUCCCAGUGACGCAAAAGCAUAACAUCCCAAAACUUCUCCGUAGUUUACUAGCUGAACUUGGGAGUGGAGCAUGUUCUCUUGAUUGUGAUGUAAAUGUUCUUGUCAACAAACUGAAAGAAUAUCUACAAAAAAAGAGGUACUUGAUUGUAAUUGAUGAUCUAUGGGAGGUACCACCAUGGGAUAUUAUUAAAGGUGCUUUCCCAGAUAAUGGCCUUGGGAGCAGAGUAAUAACAACCACAAGAAUACGUGAUGUGGCUGAGGCAUGCUGCUCCCAUCCUCGUGAUUAUAUUUUGGAAAUGAAGCCACUUAGCGACGAAGACUCAAGAAGACUGUUCUUUAAUAGGAUAUGUAAAUCUGAAGAAACUUACCCUCGCCAGUUUUGGGAUAUUUCUACUGAAAUUCUCAAAAAAUGUGAUGGUAUGCCACUUGCUAUUAUUACCAUAUCAGGCAUGCUAGCAAGUGAACGCUUCAACCAAGAGCGUUGGGAAGAUAUAAGGAAUUCUCUAGGUUCGGGAACAAAUUUCAAGUUGGAAGGGAUGAGGAAAAUAUUAGAUCUCAGCUACAAGAACCUUCGUCCUCAUCUCAAGACAUGUUUGUUGUAUUUUGGUAUGUAUCCCGAGGACUUCAAUAUACAGAGGCAUCAUUUGGAACUUCAAUGGAUUGGCGAAGGCUUUAUUAGUAGGGUUUUUAUCAUUUCUGCCACUAGUUGUGUCCCACUACUCAGUUUUGUCAUUAGAAAUUACAACUACUCAAAAAUGCCAUCGAUUCGUGAGAUGCUUGCUCAAAAAUGCCAUUAGAUAUCUCAAAAAUGCCAUCAUUCCGUUAGAUGUUUGCUCAAAAAUGCCAUUAGACACUACUAUUUUCACGUCAAACCCGUCGACCAUGUUAUAUGACAAAAAUAAGCCUAGACCCAC